AUGUCGAGCAAAUUGAAUCCGUUCUCUUCGCACUCCUUUGUGCGCCCUGCCAAUCUUCAACAUAUCCGCCGCCUCUGGUCGCACGGGCGCGUUCAAGACCCUUCAAAGGCGGGCGGUUACAGUGCUUAUCAGGAACGGAAAAUGGCCAUCGAACAAAAGGAUCGAAGAAUAUCGCAAUCAAUUGCCGCACAAAGGGCCCGAGACGAAAAGCUGAGAACCAUGGAGAGAUAUCAGACGCGUGAAUGGAAAGCGGGAGACGUAUACGCUCCUCACGAUCUUAGUCCCGCGGAAAUGAAGAAGUGGAGGAAGAGACAUAGUCCUAAUAUCGAUGUUUUCGACGCACUCGCCAUGGAUCCUUUGGAUCAAUACAAGAAUUUCUCUAUCAUGUCAGAAUACAUGACCGAAAUGGGCCGUAUAAAACCCCGUUCUGUGACCGGUCUGCGACCUGUGAAUCAGAGGAAGAUGGCAAAAGCCAUCCGGAGAGCCAUCGGACUAGGGCUAAUGCCUAGCGUAUAUCAACACCCAGAAAUCCUGUUGUUGAAAAACCGCAGAUAA